AGCGGUGUUCUCACACGGACAAGUUUAAACAAGUUAGCAUUUUCGAGUUUCGUGGAUUUGUAUUGUUCAUAUUUCAUUUUUAUACCAUCUUUUUCUCUCUUCUAUACAGAAAUAAUAAAAUCAUAACCCAAUAGUCGCAGUCGUUCACAAGACUCUCAAAGUGACAGCGCGCUCGUGUAUGGAGCACGUCAACGCGACGGAGGCGGAUCUGGAGUUUUUGCGCAAAGACCCACCAUUCCCCGAGAAGUCUGCUUCCAUUGUCUCGUGUUUGUUAGAGAAAAUUGGCAUCGUGGAAAACAAUAACUUUUCCAAGCUCGGCUUUAUGACUAUCAUCAGUCCUCUGGUUUUCCGCAAUAGAAAGCGGCUUGACCACAUGAAAAUGGUUGCGGAAAACUGUGACAAGGAGAUAAACCGCGGCGGGUCGCCCUGUCAACUGGGGAACGAAAUAACGAUUUGCAUCUUUAAAUACGCGCCCGAACUGCAUUUCAAGAGUUGAAAUUUGAAGCAGCAAUAAAAAUUUUCCCCAGCAAAUAUUUGGUUUUAUUUUCG